AUGAGGCUGUCCCGGAGCGAGGCCCCACCACUGGCCGGCGUCCUCAGAGCACCCGGGGCUUUGGACGCAGACACGCAGGGCGUGGCGGGGCGCAGGGCGGGCAGAGCUCCCGCGCCUCACGCCCGCAGGAUCCAGGGCCUGGGGGCCCCUUCCCAGGACGGCGCGGGUCGCGGCUGGGACGACGGCCCCUCGGGCUCUGCUGAGGGCGUCGUGCUGAGUCGUGUCUGCUCGUCGGCGCAGAGGGUCCAAAGUGCUGCCCAGGCCUCAGCCCCGCGCCUUCUGGCGGCGAACCCGGCUCUGCCUCCGGAACUGACUGGCCACCCCGCCAGGUGGACAGACGUGGAGCUCCAGGCGGCCCGAGGAAGGGCCCGGAUGGAUGACGGAUGCGGGCGCCGGCCGCCACGUGUCCCGGGGCGGCCCGCGGUGGGCGGAGCCUCUUGCGACCCUGGGGCCCGGGCAGCAGCCACGAGGGCCCCGGGACCCCGAAAGCAGCGCGGGGACGGGCUGCGGCUGCAGCUGCGCAGCCCAGGCGGCCAGUUCCGGGAACCCGUCGUCUCCGAGGCCCAAGGCCCCAGCGCCUUCCGGGCCCACCAGGAGCCCCUCUCCACUGGGACGGGAGCAGGAGCCGCGGGGCCGCUGGCGGGGUCCCCCCGGGAGGACGGGGGGAGCCCAAGGAGACGCCCUGAUCCUAAGAGCCCAGACAUCAGCCUGGACCCUGCGGGCCGUGGGCGGCAUUUCUUAGCUUCCAGCGCCGCCUGCUGGAAUCUCCCGGAAUUACAGCCGCUCCCCGGGGCGCGGUGGCCGAGGCGUUUCCUGUUUAUCGCAGCCCAGUCGGGCGGCUGGGGCUCGGCUGAGCAGGGCCCGCUGGGCCCCAAGGUGCCCAGCGACUGCGGCAUCGCAGGGGAGCAGCCACCGCACCCCCUUCCUGAGGGCACAAACCGAUACGACCUGCCCGCCGUACCCCGGGCCCUUGCCAGCCCUGCCCAGAAGCUCGGGGCGUGGGCUCCCCGCCCAGCUCCCCACGGCCGGACAGAGGGACACGAGGAACCUUCCCGACCGGAGGGCUCAGGCCAGGAUUUAGUGGGAAGUCGGCGAGCCCAGCACGGUCCUCCUCACGUGGACAGCCAGCUUCCCGAGUCUAAGUCACUCCAAGAUAAAGAGCUUUCAGGAGAGAACAUGCAGGAAGGUCCCGUCCAGCAGGAGGCCCAGCAGGGGCCCGGGCAGGCGACGCAGGCCGUCCCAGCUGGAAGGAGCAGAGGCCGCUUCCGCAGCCCACGGCCCCGUCCCCCGGGGCGCCGCCGGCCGAGUUCACAGGCUCGGCGGACACGGUGCAGCCCUGACUCAGAGACACUGAUGACGGUCACGAGUCUGGAACAGGACGGGGCCACCUCGGGGGCUGCAGAAGAGCCGUCCACCCCCCACCCCUCCAGCCGCCUGCCACCCGCCCCUCCACUUGUCCACCUGACCUGCCCACCCGUCUACGUCACACGGUCCCCCCUGGGUCCUGAGCAAGAGCUCCUCCCUUGGCCCCAGAUCCCCGCAGACCCGCAGCUCUGCGAGGAGCUGAAAGAGCGACGCCCGGUGGGCGGGGGGCGGACCGGCCACCUGGGAGCCCUGGGCGCCUCGGGCGCCCCGGGCGCCCCGGCACAGCGCUCAGACCCCGAGCAGCUCCCAGCGCUGGAGCCGCUCCCCGCCCAGAAGUGCCCCUUGAACAAAAGGACUCGGCUGCUCAGGGAAGCGUUUUUCCAGCCCAGCAUCGGCGAGGCGCUGCGCCCACAGCCGGGGGCCCAGGCGGCCGGAGCCAGGCGCCAGCGAGGUGUGCAGUUGUGUGAUUUCGCAAACGUCGAAAGGACGGGAACUCAGAAACGGUCUUGCCUAACAGCAGAGCCUCGGGACGUACCUGAGCUGCUGCCCUGGGCUUACGGGCAAAUGCCCCGCCCUGCGCCACGUGGCUGCCGUGGGCUCGUGGGCGCCGCCGGGACCAGCGUGGCCCGCGGUGGGGGAGGCGGGGAGGGCGCGGCGCAGACACGGGCCUUUACAGCAUCGAGACUUUAUUCUGGUUAA